GAAUAACUGAAAAUCUUAUACAAAAGCGAAUGUGUAUGACUCUGUGUUUUGAAUGAAGGAAAUGGAGAGCAACAAAUGGAUAGCUACGGUAGCGAGCAUUUGGAUCCAGUGUAGCUGCGGAGCUUCUUACGCCUUCGGCAUAUACUCACCGGUUCUAAAGUCCACCCAAGGCUACGACCAAUCGACUCUGGACAUGGUGUCGGUCUUCAAAGACAUCGGAGCCAACGCCGGAGUUCUAUCGGGCCUCCUAUAUUACGCAGUUGCAGCGAAUCGCCGCCGCUCAAUUUGUGGUGGCCCAUGGGUGGUUCACUUGGCGGGGGCAAUCCAGUGCUUCGUGGGCUACUUCUUUGUGUGGCUCGCCAUCACCGGAGUCAUUCACCGCCCGCACGUGCUAGUCAUGUGCUUCUUCAUGUUCGUCGCCGCUCAUGCUCAGACUUUCUUCAACACGGCUAACGUUGUAACCGCCGUUCAGAAUUUCCCGGGGUAUGGUGGGACCAUCGUUGGUAUCAUGAAGGAGAAUGGAAGAGGGGAGCCUUUUUAAACGUAAUAAGCAUGUAAAGUGCAAGUGAAACACGACACUUGCAAGUUGAGUGUUGAAUGCGAAUAAUCAACAAUAGUGUCAUUUUCAUGCGAAGAGAAAGGACCAAUUGAGGUGGAGCCAUUGCAUGGCUGCAGCAUUGGCUAUGAACAUGACAACCGGCACUGAUAGAGAGAAGAACGUAAGUAGGCUGAUAAACCCGUUAGACCUCUUUAAUAAAUGGAUCGAUAGGAACCUGAUUAAACACAACAUAUCAUGAUCUAUUGACUGUCCUAAUUGUAAUGUAUCAAUUUAUUAAAUAAAUAGAUCAACUUGAAUCCGGUUCGAUAGUACUUAUUGUUGAACA